CUUAAGACGAUGGUAAGUCUGUUAAACUUAUAUAAUCGGACGUUCGCUCUCUCAUUCGCUAUUCCCCUUUUCUCUCUACUCUCUGUCAAGCUCUAAACCCCCUUUUCCAGUUCCAAAUCUCUGCAACCUCGGACGCCACCACCGCCGGUCAUCUCCUCCGCUAAGUCUUGCUUGCUCAGCUUCGGACGAAAAAGGUUUGAUUUCCUUUUUGUCUGGCUGAUUGAACCUGAACGCACAAGAACACGUUUUCUUUUUCUUUGUUCCGGAAAACUUUUAACUCGCAUUGGAUCAAACCCGGAAGUUUUUCUACGAUAAGGGGUUUACGUAUUGUAAUAUUUGCAUAUUGCCAUGAAACGAGGUUACUCAGAAUCACCAUCGAGCUCUGUUGGGCCACCGCAGUCCAGAUUCAAGUAUAACCCAGAAGGUGAUGCAAAAUUUUUGGAGGAUGAAACAACAAAGAACUUUGCCAGAAAAGUGGCUGACCACUACAGCAGGAGGACCAACCAAACUUUAGAAGAACGAGAAGCAAGUCCAAUCAUUCACUUAAAGAAACUUAAUAAUUGGAUUAAAAGUGUCUUAAUUCAGCUAUAUGCUCGUCGAGGAGAUGCUGUUCUUGAUCUUGCAUGCGGAAAGGGAGGUGAUCUCAUAAAAUGGGAUAAGGCAAAAAUUGGAUACUAUGUUGGGAUUGAUAUAGCUGAAGGCUCGAUAGAAGAUUGUCAUACACGUUAUAAUGGGGAUGCUAACCAUCACCAACGUCGUAAUAAAUUCAGUUUUCCUGCGCGCCUCAUAUGCGGUGAUUGUUUUGAGGUUGAAUUGGACAAAAUUCUAGCUGAUGAUGCACCUUUUGAUAUCUGCAGUUGCCAGUUUGCCAUGCAUUACUCCUGGAGCACUGAAGCACGUGCAAGGCGGGCUUUGGCAAAUGUAUCAGCCUUACUUCGUCCUGGAGGCACAUUUAUUGGAACAAUGCCAGAUGCCAAUGUGAUAAUCAAAAAGCUUAGAGAGGCUGAAGGAUUGGAAUUUGGUAAUAGUGUCUACUGGAUACGAUUUGAUGAAGAAUUUUCUGAAAAGAAAUUUAAAUCAUCUAGCCCCUUUGGUAUCAAGUACCAGUUUCACCUGGAGGAUGCUGUGGAUUGCCCUGAAUGGAUUGUCCCCUUUCAUGUCUUCAAGUCAUUGGCAGAAGAGUAUGAUUUGGAGCUAAUUUUUGUGAAGAACUCACAUGAAUUUGUGCAUGACUACAUGAAAAAACCGGAAUAUGUGGAGCUCAUGCGAAGGCUUGGUGCCUUGGGUGAUGGUAACCAAGACAGGAGCACACUAUCCCCAGAUGAAUGGGAGGCAGCUUAUUUAUAUCUUUCAUUUGUCUUAAAGAAGCGAGGCCAACCAGAUCAAACACAAAGAAGGGGGAAGAGAGAAAACGGGAAGAUGCACAUAUCAAGGGAGGAUAUCUUGUACAUAAAUAGUUGAGUUUCAUGAAAUUCAAAUAAGUACUAAGAUUCAUUCUCAAACAGGAUUAGCCAGUGGUUAGAACAUGGAACCCUCCUUUGACCAAAUUGAUUGUGCCUUUUGACAACCUUCUCUUAAACUGUGACUGUUCAUUUUUUGUAGA